AUGGGCCAAAGGCUUGUACGAAACCAGGUCCUGCGUGGCAUCAACCUGUACCACAUGCGGCAAUUCAGCCAGGCAAUCGAAGCUUGGCACGGCGCUCUAUCUCAGCUACGUAAUGCCGAUGACAAGUUCAUCACCCAUGGCUACCUCAGUCAGAUCUACUACGAAAUGGGCAAUUUUAGGUACGUGUUCAUGCUCGAUCACGCACUCAGUCAGAUAGACAUUGCUGAAGAGCACGAGGACUUGAAAAUGACGGCUGAGGCAUACCUUAGCAUCUCGCUGUCAAAUCAACGCUUAGCUUGUUUCCAUAGAGCGAUUUUUUACGCUCGUCUCUGUAUGAAGAGUGCCAGAAACGACCCAGAACUCACAGGAACAGCACAUUUAUACAUGGCUGUUUCCUUCACGGCCCUCGGGUUCUUCAACAGAGCAUUGGAGAUGUUCAAUCGGGGCCAAAAGAUUGCUAAGAACAGUAAAAAUAGUCUCUUGGAAAUCCGGAUCUCGCUUGGAUUUGGGACGCUGUUCACUGAGCUUGGGGACUUCAACAAAGCGGUGCGAUUCGUAAGAAAUGCUCUAAUCCUCAUAGGCAUGCUGUACUUCGACGAUGUUCGAACGAAAUACAGAAGCUUCGCCUUGUGCCACAUGGCCACCGCUCUGAGGAAACUGAACAAGUUCAAAGAGGCUUCACAGCUGAUUGAGGUUAUUACGUCAUUAAUGCCUCAAAAUUUCGCUGCAUCGCAUGCUUUCAGACCGCCCUUGAUUAUGCUCAAGUGUUAUGGAAGACUUAAGCGGAUUUACGCGUUGAAAGACGAUGCAGAGCAAGUGACGUUGUUCAGUGCUGAAUUUGACAAGCUCAUCGAAGAAAUGGACCUCAAAUGCAACUUCUGCUCAAAACCCAUCGGCUGCCAUCAGACAGAUCUUCAAGCACUGCCUUGUUCCGACUUAUUUCAUUCCAGGUAUCUUGCUGAUCCAUCUAGCUUUCAGGAGUUGCUUCUUUUCAACGUGAUCGCCCGGGAUUUAAUUAUCUAUAUUCUAUCCAUGCAAGUAGGUUUUAUCAUGCUGAUGCUGUGUCAGAUCCAACGAAAUCCCAUCUUGUUUGAGGUGUUCCUUUUGGCCACCACGCUAUGCUUUCUGUAUCCUCUUUGCAAGGCUAUGAUCAUCGAUUCGUUGACAAUGCCCACCCCCCGUAUCUGA